AUGUCUCUGGUCGAACCGAAUCAAGACCUGUCUAAGUUGGUGAAAGACAAAGUGGUAAUAAUCACAGGCGGUGCGAGUGGGAUUGGGUAUUCUGCCGCUCUUGCUUUCCAUGGCAACGGUGCAAAGGUAGUCGUGGGAGACCUCAAUGCUAAGGAAGGCGAGAGUCUGGCUUCGCGUAUUGGGGAGAGAUUCCGUUUCGUCCAGUGCGAUGUAACAAAGUAUAAAGACCAGCUUACACUUUUUGAAGAGGCAAAGAGGUCUUUCGGCGGCGUUGACAUCGCCAUCGCAAAUGCAGCCGUCGGUAAACUUCCCGACCCUCUCACAGUAAUCGACGACGUCAAUGAGGAGCCUCCUCUCCCAGAGGUUGACAUCAACCUAAGGGGUGCCCUUUUUACAAGCCGAAUCGCGACGUAUUAUCUGAGGCAGCGUGGUGGAGGUGAUCUCAUCCUCGUUAGUAGCAUAGGGGGUUUCAAGGAAGCCGCGGAGCUCACGCCGUACGUCGCUACCAAGCAUGGGAUCAUUGGGUUAAUGCGAGGGCUUCGGGUGACCUCUCUGAAAGACAAUAUCCGGGUCAAUGUCGUAUGCCCCUGGACAACACCGGGUUGGGAGAAACUGAAACUUCCCGUUAACGAACCUGAGGAUGUCGCAACCUCAAUGUUGAUAUGUGCGACUGCGAAUCGCGCCGAAGGUCGGGCUCACGAUGGAGUGGACUCACCUUUCCAUGGAAAGAUCCUGUUUGUAGCAGGAGGAAAAGCUUAUGAGAUUGAAGAGCAGCUGCAAAAGCUCGAGCCCCAGUGGCUGGGAGCCGAAAACAGCCGACUCGUGGCACUUGGUAAUGACUAUCUACAGAAUGGCAAAACGACAUGGAAGCAGGAUUUCAAUUCAUAG